AGAGUAAAAAACAAGCAUCCAAGUCAAAAACCUUAAUAAAAAAAUAUGACGGUGAAGGAAAAACUUAAAAUUUAAAAACAUCGAAUGAAACGAAAAUAAAUUAAGCUUUUCUAUCUAUUAUAAUUAUUUGAUGUUUACAAUAAAUGUUCAAUUAAGUUCCCUAUAAUAACAUUAUAAUUAGAGCUUCAAAUAGUUUAAUAUAAAAAAAAAUUAUUAUAAAAUGCCGCGAGGAAGAACAAAAGCAAGUGGCUCAACAAUACAACAUAAUCUUGAGUUAAAUAUUAAAAAUCGAGCCGACAGCAAUGUAACGAAUUCUGAUAAACGUGUAAAACAAGAACCAUUAGAUAUCGAUGAACAAAGUACAAUUAAAUUGGAUUUCAAUAAAUUCAAAUUUAAAAAAAAACAGACAGUUAAAAUUGAGUUUGAAGAUACAACAAUCGAAAAUACGGUUAUAAGGUAUCAAACGCUAAUUUCUCUUAUGUUGUCAAGUCAAACAAAGGAUCAGGUGACUUUUGCUGCUAUGAAAAGACUAAAAGAGAGAGGUUUAACAGUAGAUAAUGUUCUUGACAUGAGUGAUGAUGAGUUAGGCAAAUUAAUUUACCCUGUGGGCUUUUGGAAAGUAAGUUUCUACUGUUUAAGUAUGUAAAACUGCUAAUAAUUUAUAAUACUCAUACUUUAGUGAUAACUGCAUUCUCUAAUGGUCAGGGAACUAGAGUAUUAUACUUUGAUUUCAGAGCUUGAAACCGCCAGAGAUAAUAUUUAUGCAUGUUAAGCAUAGUUUGUUUUUAGGUUUGCAUUGUGAUCGUUGCCGUAUCAUUGAUCUGUACUGACGCUGUAUUUCUUUACCCUCAACUUUAUUGAUAAAACUUAAAUGUUGACUUAAGUUUAAUUGGCAGUUUACUAGAUUAGUAUGAGUGUGCACCUCUGUGUUUUUGAUUACAUCUGUUUGCAAUUCCACUACUAAAAAUCAACCUCCCCAAAGUAAUGCCACAAAACACGUUCCACGGCGCGGCUUACACUUUUCCAGUAUGCGGCUGCCGCUCUAGUUUACUGAACCCUUGGACUAUGUCAGAUAUUCUGUUUCUACUGCAGAUAUCUUCAUUAUAUAAGUAUUGGUAUACACUACAAUAUACAAUAGGUUAUUUGGACUUAUUGGUUAAUAUUUGCACACCACCAAUAUGUAGAACGAAUUAUACUCAAACACCACUGUACAAGCAUAUUCUUGUAAAGAAAGAUUACUACUAUUGUUAUGUAUUAUGUCACAUAAAACUCUGAGCAUAGCCAUCUUCACUGCUUGCUAAUAGAUCCAUAACUUCUUGAUACAACCAGCAGUGAAGGAUCCUGUCUUAGAUUUAUGUCAUCACUGGCUACAUACACUUGCUGUGUACUCUCUUAUUUUCCAAUUUUGAGGAAUAUGUACCUAAUAUUAGGCUUGUCUAUUCUUUAUCAGCCCAUAAAAACCAUGGAUCUCUCCUGUCUUAGGAAGGAUUUAUCUUAAUUUACCAUGCCAUGACAGUCAUAGUAUCAGAUUUUGUACAUUUGUUGCUGAUUCCCAUUGCCAGUAUGUGUAAUUUAGCCUGGCGCCUUAAGAUUUUUAUCUCAUAGUAACUUCUUACAACAUUCAAGGGAGAUAACGGGCUAAUAGAUUCACUAACUCCACCACCACCAGGCAUAUGCUUGUAGUACUGUUCCCCUUAUGUAGUUGAUAGAUCAAUAUUCUCAUACUUUAGGAAAUUGUACAUAAUUGAGUCAAAUUUUUAUAGACCAAAGUGAAAUACAUUAAGAAAACAACACAAACUUUAAAGGAUCAGUAUGAUGGUGACAUACCAGACUCAGUUGAUAAACUUUGUAAACUUACGGGAGUUGGACCAAAAAUGGCACACAUUUGUAUGAAAGUAGCUUGGAACAAAGUGACAGGAAUCGGUUAGUAAGUCAUUUGAUGUGUCAUGUUUACUUACAAUAAUACAUAAUCAACCUUAAGAAAAUAGCCAAAUGAAAUCGUAAAUUUCUAUCCAUCACUUAAUAUGACAUUUAAUAUUCAUGAUAUAAUAUGAUACUUUUAUUUACUGGUGACUUUAUUUUAUUUUACUUCUUACUCUUGGUAUACAGGGUUAUUUUUCAGUGGCCAAAUUUUAAACUUAAGUUCAAAUAUAUAAAUAAUGAUAUACCAUUCUUGCAGUUUUUGACAAUACGAGUAAAUAAGGCUUCUAAUUUUAUUUGGAAUUGUCCCAAACUGAAUGUGAUUUAUGGGCAACAACUUUUUUGCCUACUGAUCGACUCUUGCUUAAUGUGUGCGUGUGCAGUAAAAUCAGUUAAAAUAAUGCAUCACCACAAAUUUUGAAUUUAAAUGUCAUAAAGGACAGAAUGUGAGAUUUUUUUUAUUAAUUUUUCUUAACCAUUUGCCUAUAUUACUUAUUCUGAACCUUCUCUGCAAAUUUGACCAGUGAUUGCAAAAUAACCCUGUAUAAAAUUUGAGUAUGCAACAACUCGGUUCUGAUUGAUUAAACCUUGUUACUAAUGCCACUAAUGUCAUUUGAAAUCCCUAUCUAUUGCUUUUUGAACGGGGCUUUUACCAAUUUUUUUUAAAUAACUUUUAUUUUUAGGUGUUGAUACUCAUGUUCAUAGAAUUAGUAACAGAAUUGGUUGGGUAAAAAAACCUACAGCUACACCAGAAGAUACACGUAAGGCUCUGGAGUCAUGGCUUCCUUUUGAAUUAUGGAGUGAAGUGAAUCACCUCAUGGUUGGGUUUGGUCAAACUAUUUGCUUACCAUUAGGGCCUUUAUGUAAUAAUUGUCUUAAUAAGGACAUUUGUCCAUCCAGUGGAAAAUUAAACAGGUCACCAAGUAAAAAGUCACCAAUUAAGAAAAGCUGUCAAGAAGAUGUGAAAAGUGAUGUAACAAAAUUAAAUCUUCAAUUAAAAGAGGAACCAGUGCAGUCUCCAGAUAAUGUGAAAAGUGAAAGCUUAGGUGUAAGUUCUUCCCUAGUAAAUAAGGUUCAAACUAAUGUACAAAUUGAAAAUGAAAGUGCAUCUCAAAAUAUUUUACAAUUGUCUAAAUCCAACAACCAAACCUGUCAUAAUGAUGUUGGAUUGGAAAAUGUAGUACAAUUAAGAAGGAAGUCACCUAGAAAUAAAAAUAAUACUAAUGAAACUAAUAUGCACAAAGCAGCACAUUGUAAGAUUCACUUAGAAGCAAAAAAGAAAAAAUCUUCCAUUACUUAGUGUCUUGUCUUAUAUUUACAUACAAAAUUGGGUGUUCUCAAAGAAACACAGGGCCUUCAAUUCUUGAUGUUGGGGCAUGCUUGCACUUGACAUGAGUAGUAGUUACUUUCUUAAAAUAUUGAAUUAUUUUUAUAAUUAAUUUAAAUGAUUUAAGACACUUACAGGAUUAUGUUUGUAAAUUGGGAUUGUUUGUAAAUUGGGAUUGUUUGUAAAAUUUAUAAUAAUAUUUUGUAACUGUUUUCUCUCCAUCUUUUUCUUUGAAAAUAAUUCCCCCUCUACAUCGCACACAAACAAACUAAUAAACAUUGUAUUUUGAACAUGUUUCUCAUUUUUUAAAUCUUUGUAAUAAAUAAUAAAAAUUUGUGUAAAAAUUU